UGAACAGUCUUACCAGUCUGUUUUUGUCGAUUGUAAUGUUUAAAUUGUAGCAGAUUAUCCUUUCUGGAGGGUAUUUAUUCAUUAAUUUUCUGUUGCACGGUUACACCAUUUAAAAAAAAUGGAUCAUUCAUACCAGUUAUAUCUGUUUAUAUUAUCGACAACAACACUUUUCACAGAAAUCAAGCCAGCGGGCGAUGUUUCACAUAGCUGGUUUGAUGCUCAAAAGCAAUGCUUACAUCAUGGAUUAACUAUAGAAAAAGACAAAAGUGACCAGCCAUAUUGGACAGGAGUAUACCGUAGACUGACUCCUUGGAUAAACAUAUUAGGGUGCUAUCCCGAUUCAACCGACAUUCUGCAGUAUGUGAUUAAUAAGACUAUGAUCAUAAGCUCUGUUGGAAUUUGUCAAGAAAUGUGUUAUCGUGAAAAUCGUUACAAGUUCGCUGUAAAGAUGAAUAACUGCUUAUGCAUUGAAAGUGAUGUCCAUGUAAACUCAUCCAAUCGACUUUCACCUGAUGAUUGCAACUUUACGUGUGGGGAUAACACAGACGUUAUUUAUUCGGGAGACUGUGGUGGGACUAGUGCCUACAAUUUAUAUGAAAUUCAAGAAGUGAACUUUAGCACGGAAGAUACAUGCCUAAGUUUACAAUGCUCAAAAGAAGACAAAAAAUUUAUUCCAAAAAGAUGUUCCGAAGCUCUCGGUAAAGUUUGUGAAAAGAUAAAUAUUACAGAUACUGGCUUUGCCACUAGUUGGAAUCUAUCAAUGGAACAAUGUAGAAUACAACAUUCUGGUUAUUUAUUGGGAGAAGUUAUCCUGAAUAAUCCUCGCAUUCUCUGUUUACAAAUACCACCUAAUAGUUUGGUUGUUUGGGUAGGCGUAAGACGACAAAAAUACAAAAACGUCGAUCAAGGAUAUCAAAUAAUAGAUGAAGAUAGAGGAACAUUUAAAGACUGCCAAAUGUGUAGAAAAAACGACUGUUGUUUCGAAAGCUGUCAUUAUUUAUUAAACAGUUCCAUAUUCUGUCAAAAUAUAUCAGAUACUUCUCAACGCCACAUAACUGCAAACAAUACAAUGUCAAAAGAAUGUUUAACUGGUUCAACCCUUACGUCGAUUAUUUCAACAUCAGAUGAACUUUUUUCUUCAACGUCUACAACUAGAAACUACGACACAAAUCAAUUACCAUCAUCUAAUGAUACCCAGCAAACGUCAAGUGCCAAUGACGAAUUAGCUUUGAAAAUAUCAUUACCAGUCAUAACAGUUUUCAUCGUUUCACUGUUAUGUGCAAUGGCAGUAGUGUUUUAUUUAAGAAGAAGAAAAAUGACAAAAGCUGAUGGGACUACAAAGGCGCAAAUCGAAACAGGCCCCAGAAAACACAUUGGUUCAAAUGUAGAUUGUGUCCAGAAUAACUCCUAUUUUGUAUUAGAACAAUGUCCUCAGUAUAUAUCUAAAGGAAGUGUUUCAUCGAAUGAGAGUCCCUACAACAAUUCAGAAGAGGGUGUUUAUGACCAUCUAAGGGACAAGAUAUCACGGAAGCCGGAAGUGGAAGAUACCUAUCAACAUGCAUCAGCGGGUGUGUCCAGCAAUAUGUCUGAAUAUGAUACAAUGGCGAAUGCAUUCAACAAAAAACAGGAAGAAUGUGAUUCUGAUGACUAUUCACAUCAGGAUUCAAACGGAAAUUAUGCGUGUGAUUUACCUGCUAACAAUCAUUUGACUCACAACCCGUACGAUGUUGCUGUUUAAAGUGUUUGAUUAUCAACCAGCCUUGAUAUAACAAAAAUCAAACGAUCUCAUCUGCGUAUUUAUAUUUUUUUGUGUCAUUUCAUCAGCCACUACAAUUAUGCAUUAGAAACAAUAUCAAUUUACAUUUAUCCUCAAUUUAUAUCAUAUUUAAGGUUUGACACAAUUGAUGUGUUUGAAUCCUACAUUGCAACAACAAAUGAUUAAAUUUUUAGUAACCAUUUGAAUAAAAAGACAUUCGUGAUAUAUACAGCAAUUAACUCAUCCACUAAAAACAAAUUGUUCUGCACUUAUGAUGUUUGUGACAGUUUGUUUCUUACUUUGUGAUCUCUCAUUGUGUCUGUGAUUUGUUUUGCUAACUGUAGCAUCAUGAAAUUGGUAAAUAGUCAAACUAAUCAUUGCAACACGAAAUCAAACUGAUGUAAUUUUAUCUAAUAACAUUUGUAUUCAUAACAUUGUUGUUACUUAAUUUACAUAAACUAACAUCUCUGAUUUUUCCAACAAUUACCAAAACCUGAUGACCGCAAAACAGUAUACAAUGAAUUAACGUGUUCUUUU